CAGGGGCUGCCCGAGCAGGGCGCGUCCGGUGCGUCCAGGCCUCGUGAGCCUCUUGUGCCAUUGAGCCUGGGACACAGGAACUGCAGAUUCAUAGAGUUUUUAUCCACCCUGGUUUUGUGGAUGAAAAGACAGAAAUAUGGAAGACUUGCCAAAUGGGGAAAAUAUGCGGCUUAGCCUGCUGGUCCCCUGAAUACUAAUUCAGGGCCCUUUACACCAAACUAACUGGGCCUUACUUAACUCUGGAGUAUUUGGGGUUUCUAUGUUUAGAGAAUUCUCUCACCUCUCCCAGGUUACUCUUAAUGCUCUGAUGCAUGGAAUGCCUUACAAAUAUUACCCAAUUUAAUCCACUUUUCCUGUAAUUCGACUAGGUCGAUACUAUUCCUAUUUUAAAAGAUGAGGUAAGAACAAAUGAGUAUAUGCUAGAGAUGGAUUCUAAUCCGGGUUAGAUUGCCUCCAAAGCAAAUGCUUUUUAUUUAACCUCUGCUGUUUCUUCGAAAACUGAGGAAAGUAAUGGUGCAAAGUAUCCAGAGAUAAAAUCCUUGAUGAAACCUGAUUCCAACCUGAUAUGGAUUGUAAUUAUGAUGGUCCUCAUCCAGUUGGUUGCAUUUUACUUAGUAAAAGAUUUGGACUGGAAAUGGGUCAUAUUUUGGGCCUAUACCUUUGGCAGUUGCAUUAACCACUCAAUGACUCUGGCUAUUCAUGAGAUUUCCCACAAUUCUGCCUUUGGCCACUACAAAGCCAUGUGGAAUCGCUGGUUUGGAAUGUUUGCUAACCUUCCUAUUGGGGUUCCAUAUUCAGUUUCCUUUAAGAGGUAUCACAUGGAUCAUCAUCGAUACCUUGGAGCUAAUGGCAUCGAUGUGGAUAUUCCUACCGAUUUUGAGGGCUGGUUCUUCUGUACCACUUUCAGAAAGUUCAUAUGGGUUAUUCUUCAGCCUCUCUUUUAUACUUUUCGACCUCUGUUCAUCAACCCCAAACCAGUUACUUAUCUAGAAAUUAUCAAUACUGUGACUCAGAUCAUUUUUGACAUUAUAAUUUACUACUUUUUGGGAGUUAAAUCUUUAGUCUACAUGUUGGCAGCAUCCUUACUUGGUCUGGGUUUGCACCCAAUUUCUGGACAUUUUAUAGCUGAACAUUACAUGUUCUUAAAGGGACAUGAGACUUACUCCUAUUAUGGGCCUCUGAAUUUGCUUACCUUCAAUGUGGGCUAUCAUAAUGAGCACCAUGACUUCCCCAGCGUUCCUGGAAAGAGCCUUCCACUGGUGAGGAAAAUAGCAGCUGAAUACUACGACAACCUCCCCCACUACAAUUCCUGGGUCAAAGUACUGUAUGAUUUUGUGACGGACGAUACAAUAAGUCCCUACUCAAGAAUGAAGAGGCAUCAAAAAGGGAAGGUGGCACUGGACUAAGUAUCAUUAGAGCCAAAGGAAUUCCCCUUCGAAAUGUUAAAAUAGGUGGUAAAGAGAUUUUAGCGUCGUUAAACUUAAGACCAGUAAUACUUAGAAGCUACCCUAAGCAGGCUCUGCUUUCCACAGCCGCCUGUCUCUGUGUUGCGCAGCUUUGCUCACAGGCCACUGUGUAUUGUCAUUGAGGAUGUCUUCACCCAUGUCUGUUAUUUUGUAAGCAUAUCACUUUGUAAUCAUAUAAAAGAAAGCCUUUAAAAAGCCAUUUCUAGCACAUUAUUUUCACUAUAAAGUUUUACUUUAUUAAAACAGCUAGUAAACUGAACUAUUAACCACAAUGUAUUAGUAUUUGUUGUAUUUUUAUAUUUCACUGUCUUUAUACUAUAUAAUAUGGUAACCUGGGUACUGGGGAACUUACUUUAAAAUUUCAUCUGAAAAAUAAUUUUAAAAAGGUCUGAGUUAACAUAGUAUAUUAUAAAAGUUGAGAUGGAAAUAUCUUUUAUUGUAAGCUGAAUUACUCAUUUUUAAUUUUUACUGUUGUACAUAGGACCAAAAUUAGACACUUGAAUCCUGUACAGUUACUCAUAAAUAAAAUAGUCACUGAAUCUAAUCA